CGCAGCCAGUGGUCGGCAUUUGGAGGGUCCUGUCGCCACUCGAAGGAGCCACCGCCACUGCCUGACCAUGGCCACGGGGGAGUCUCCGGACACGGCCACGGAACUGCUCAUGCAGAAGUGUGACCUGGAGCUGGAGACCAAUGACCGCGACCACCACACUGCUGAGCUGUGCCGGGAGAGGUUGGUGGUGCGGCGGGGCCAGCCCUUUCAGCUGAAGCUGCACUUCAACCGUAAAUACAAUGCCAGUCAAGACACUCUCACCUUCACCGUGGUGACUGGCCCAGCCCCCAGCCAGGAGUUGGGGACAAAGGCCCGCUUCUCUCUGAGCGAGGCUCUGGAGGAGACUGCUUGGUCAGCCUCUGUGGUGAACCAGGAUUCCGCCUUGUCACUAAAGAUCAACUCCCCAGCCAAUGCCCCCAUUGGCCUGUACCGCCUCACCCUGGAGAUCUCCAGCUCCGAGGGCUCCGGCCUCGUGGGCUCCAGCCACACAUUGGGCCAUUUCACCCUGCUCUUCAAUGCCUGGUGCCCAGCGGAUUCUGUGUACCUGGAAUUGGAAGAGGAACGGCAGGAGUAUGUCCUUACCCAGCAGGGAUUCAUUUACCAAGGCUCUGCCAAGUUCAUCAAGACCGUACCUUGGAACUUUGGACAGUUUGAAGAUUCGAUCUUGGACACCAGCCUGAUGCUCUUAGAUGUCAACCCCAAGUUCGUGAAGAAUGCCAGCCGUGAUUGCUGCCGCCGCAGCAGCCCCGUCUAUGUGUGCCGGGUGGUGAGCAAUAUGGUCAACAGCAAUGAUGACCAGGGUGUGCUGCAAGGACGCUGGGACAACAAAUACGAGGACGGCAUCAGCCCCAUGUUCUGGAUCGGCAGUGCGGACAUCCUGCGGCGCUGGAAGAACAAUGGCUGCCAGCCUGUCAAGUACGGCCAGUGCUGGGUCUUCGCUGCUGUGGCCUGCACAGUGCUGCGGUGCCUCGGCAUCCCCACCCGUGUAGUGACCAACUAUAACUCAGCCCAUGACCAGAAUAGCAACCUUCUCAUCGAGUACGUCCGCAACGAAAUGGGGGAGCUCCAGACUGACAAGAGCGAGAUGAUCUGGAACUUCCACUGCUGGGUGGAGUCAUGGAUGACCAGACCCGACCUGCAGCCAGACUACAAGGGCUGGCAGGCCCUGGACCCAACACCCCAGGAGAAGAGCGAAGGGACAUACUGCUGUGGCCCAGUUCCCGUUCGUGCCAUCAAGGAAGGUGACCUGAAGGCCAAGUAUGAUGCACCUUUUGUCUUCGCUGAGGUCAAUGCUGAAGUGAUAAACUGGAUCCAGAAGAAAGACGGGUCCAUGCACAAAUCCACCAACAAUUCCUUGGUCGUGGGAUUGCAUAUCAGUACUAAGGGCGUGGGCCGUGAUAAUCGGCAGGACAUCACCCACGAAUACAAAUACCCAGAGGGGUCCUCAGAGGAGAGAGACGUCUUCACAAAAGCCAACCAUAUAAACAAACUCUCCGAGAAGGAGGAGACAGGGGUGGCCAUGCGGAUCCGCGUGAGCCACAGCAUGAACAUGGGCAGUGACUUUGACGUGUUUGCCCACAUCUCCAACAACACUUCUGAGGACAUGGUCUGCCGCCUCCUGCUCUGUGCCCUCACUGUCAGCCACAACGGGGUCCUGGGGCCUGAGUGUGGCACCAAGAACCUGGUCAGUCUUUCCGUGGAGUCCUUCUCUGAGAAGAGCAUUCCUCUCCGCAUCCUCUAUGAGAAGUACGCCGACUACAUGACGGACUCGAACCUCAUCAAGGUGCGGGCCCUCCUUGUCGAGCAGGCUUCCAACAGGUACCUGCUGGCCGAGAGGGACCUCUACCUGGAGACUCCAGAAAUCAAGAUCCGGAUCCUGGGAGAGCCCAAGCAGAACCGCAAGCUGGUGGCCGAGGUGUCCCUGCGGAACCCACUCAAUGUAUCCCUGAUGGGCUGCUCCUUCACCGUGGAAGGGGCUGGCCUGAUUGAGGAGCAGAAGACUGUGGAGCUCCCAAACCCCGUGGGUCCAGGGGAAGAAGCCAAGACCAGGGUGGACCUUCUGCCGAGCCAGGUGGGCCUCUACAAACUGGUAGUGAACUUCGAGAGCGACAAGCUGAGGGCCGUGAAGGGCUACCGGAACGUCAUCGUUGGGCCCCCGUAAAGGGAUCCUGCGCCCAGCCCCACCUCAGCCUGCUGUGAGCCCCCACCUUGACCCAACCUUUAUCCCAAGCUAAUGAGCACAAUUUGCCCCUUCUUGGGCCCCAGAUCCCAGGGCAGGUGGGCUGCCUCGUGGUGGCUCUUUGGCAUGGAAUAUACUUCUGGACCUUCUUGGCCCAUGAGCCUGGUUCCCCACCUACCCACCCCUAGCUGUGAAGAAUGUUCUGGGCCACUACAGUGGGAGCCUGACCUUGGCUGACUGGGGCUGGGGUGAGAGGAGGGACGCACAGCUCCUUCUCCAGCCCAAUGCUGUUUGGAAAGCCACUGACCUCUUGCCAUGCUGUUUGAUCUACUCCAUAGUCCCUCGGAGCAGGCACAAAAGGGCCAGUGUGCCCAGGACCCCUUCCCCUGACUGCACCCAGGCCCCAGGGGCCCUUGGGAGAGCCGGAGCAGGUGGGAACACCCCAGCCCAAUGGUUCCCCACCCACACAAGUGGGCUCGUGGUUCUUUGCAAGGCCCAGGAGCAUAGCCCAAGCCUCUGACUCUGAGUUCAGUGCUUUGUCAGGUCUCAGCCUGACUGGCCAAUGUCAGAGAGGCCAUUUGGGACCCGACCAAAAAGGCCCCAGUCGAGGUGAGGAGGGCUUGCAGGUUUAAGCCUUAAGUCUGGCCAACUACGGUAUUCCCCACUCUGGGCCUCAGUUUCCUCAUGGGUCAGAGGAGUGAUUAAACCAGCUCAUCUCUAGGAUCCGCUCAGCUCUGCACUUCUGUGCUGCUAUGUGGUCCAGCGAGAGUUAAAUCAUGACCGGGACCACCAUCCAGACCCCAGUUCUGUCCUGGUCCCCCACCUGUGCCUAGGUCCCUCCCUCCAGAUCCCAGUUCCAGGACAUAAGAGCCCUGAAUACCUCUGUCCCACCCAUGAGCCUACCCACCACUAUGCCUAGGCUUCACGAGAGCCUUAGCUGCCCAUGCCAGUCACUGACCAACAAGGUCACAUCUCAGUCACCCCCUCCUUAUAGGGCCAGGGCACCCAAACACAGCCCUUGUCCUAAAUAAGCUUGGAAAAUUGUCACCUCCAACUUUAUCCCCUGCUCUCUCUACAUGACUGAUCCUCCCUCAGGCUGGAAGGGGAGGAUUCUCUACUGGGGUGAAGUCACAGCCUCCAGGGGCCCCAAAAUGCCAAAGAGGGACUUGGGGAAAAUCAUACUGAUACACUUAGAAUUCUUUUUCUGCUUUGCACAGGGAAAAGUCACAAAAUGAGCCAACAUAUAUAUUUUCUAUAUAAAUUCAGCUCUAUUUCUCUAUGGUUUUAUAAAAUCUUUUGGGUUCCAAGCAGAUUGUAGAUGCAUUUCUAAACCGCAAGGAGCAAGCACUGAAAUAAAAGAGUUUAUUUUGCACAUUCAAA